UCUUAUUCACCUCGUUAGGUUCUGCAUGCUGGGUCUAUACGUGUCUCUUUAGAAGAUGAACUCAAGAAAGAGGCAUCGCAAGAACUACGAAUACGAGACGAGCAAACCGACUUCAGCUCAAAAUCUGGACGAAUUCGCCACUGAAUUGGCACAAACGGCACAAUACUUUGCAAUUGUUGAUGAAGAGGGCCCUUAUGAUCAGGAUGACUGCACGUGCACGUGGAAGGCAGAUUUAGUUGAAGAGCUGGACACGUUGACACGAACAAGUAAAAGAAAGUUUCAGAAGUUUGCAGACGAGAUCAAACAAAGAGCAAAAGCAGUAGUGGCUGCAGAAGCAAAGCUAGGUAAAAAAAGAAGAAAGGUAGAAGACGACAUAAAACAAAUGCAACAACGUCUAAAAGAUGAAAAGAAAUCUAUGAAGAACGUUUACAAAUUUCAGUGUAGCCAAGUCAAAUUGAAUGUGGGAGGUCACAAGUUCUCCACAUCUCUCACAACACUGAGAAGUCAACCAGACUCUAUGCUAGCAGUUAUGUUUAGUGGACGUCAUCAACUCGCGACUGAUGAAGAUGGAGCUUACUUUAUUGAUAGAGAUGGUACACAUUACAGGCAUAUUCUCAAUUACUUAAGAGAUGAUACCAAUCUUGAAGUGACUCUUCCACAAACAAAAAGAGAGCAGACUGAGCUAUUUAAAGAGGCUCAAUACUGUCAACUGAACAAACUUGAAACCAGAAUUUGGAAGAUGAUGUUGCCACGUGUUACUCAAGAGCAGUUGAAUAUGUAUUUUAUCAACAACCAUGGGAAUAUGUACAAUCACCAGUACCAGUAUAACUAUUUUUCAACUGCCAGUAAUUAUGAUAGAUACCGAAAUCAAACGGUAAGACAGACCAGUACGACAAUGUCACUUGAUGAGCAUGAUUUGUCGGGAUUAAACUUUUCAAAGACACACUUUUUUGUGCUGGAAUUUCCUUCAAAAGAUCAUGUUUGCAACAAGCUAACUUCUCUGGGUGCUGGUUUCAAGCUGAUUGUCCUGUUGAUUUUUCGGAUGCUGAUCUAUCAGAAGCCAAUUUUCAAAAUUGUGAAGGUCUCACCACAGGAGGAGUCAAUUUCAAAGGAGCCGUACUGAAUAACGCAAAGUUUGACGAUGGUGUGAAAAAAAAACUGCUUGCAAAUCUAAAACUACAGUCAAAAGAAAAAUGACGCAUUUGUAUGUUCCUUAGCUGCUUCUUGAUCAACUUCAUGUGAUAACUCUUAUUAUAUGCUGUGGUUGUAUCGACUGGUGUAGUCAAGAAAAAAUUUGCU